ACUUCAAAAUGAUCACUUCAAUUCUGAUUAGAGUCAACUCAACUCAACUCAAAUUGAUCACUUUCAUUGUUGUCAAUCUAGCUUUGCGUUUGAGGAAACUUGCAAUAACCAUACCACAUAAUCCCCGUUUUUUCAACGUCGGGAGAAGUGGAGUUGUUAAACCAGAAAACCAGUUCCAAAAACAAUGUCUUGAAUAUCUUGAAAAGUGUUCUCUUAUCCCAAUCAAAAUCUCCAAAUUGGGUUGCUCUUAAUGCGUUUCAGAGACCUCGGAGAACAGUGGUACAACCUCCAUCACCAAUCCAUCUCCAUGCCUGCAAAGUCCUUCGUCAUUAUCUUCCUUCUCCCUCUAUUCUCUGUGGUGGUGGGACAUGAAACCGUGCAAUCGGAAGAGUACCCUUUGGUUGUGAGCACGUGGCCCUUCGUUGAGGCUGUCAGAGCUGCAUGGAAGGCUGUUGAUGGUGGCUCUUCGGCUGUGGAUUCCGUGGUUGAAGGUUGCUCUACAUGUGAGGAACUAAGGUGUGAUGGAACAGUUGGUCCAGGUGGAAGUCCAGAUGAGAAUGGAGAAACUACAAUUGAUGCUCUGAUCAUGGAUGGGUUGACAAUGGAAGUAGGAGCUGUUGCAGCCAUGAGAUACGUAACUGAUGGAAUCAAGGCUGCCAAGUUAGUGAUGCGACAUACUGAACAUACUUUGCUAGUAGGAGAGAAAGCAUCAGAAUUUGCUAUUUCAAUGGGUCUUCCUGGACCUACAAACUUGAGUUCACCAGAAUCCAUGGAGAAGUGGACCAAAUGGAAAGAUGGUCGAUGUCAACCAAAUUUCAGGAAAAAUGUGUCACCUGCAAAUAGUUGUGGUCCUUAUAGUCCAACACAUUACCUGCAGCAUCCUGGUGAAACAUGCUCCAGUACCGGUCAUAUUCUGACUAGUAAUUCUGGAUUACCUCGUGUUGGUCUUCAUAGCCAUGAUACUAUAUCAAUGGCUGUUAUUGAUAGAAUGGGACACAUUGCCGUUGGCACAUCAACGAAUGGAGCAACAUUCAAGAUUCCUGGCAGGGUAGGUGAUGGUCCCAUAGCUGGAUCCUCUGCAUAUGCUGUAGAGGAAGUUGGUGCAUGUUGUGCAACUGGGGAUGGUGACAUCAUGAUGCGCUUCCUUCCUUGCUAUCAAGUUGUGGAAAGUAUGAGGUUGGGAAUGGAUCCCAAACUUGCUGCCAAAGAUGCAAUAGCACGAAUAGCGAAAAAAUUUCCAGAUUUUCUGGGAGCAGUUGUUGCCCUCAAUAAAAAGGGGGAGCAUGCUGGUGCCUGCCAUGGUUGGACAUUUAAAUACUCAGUAAGGAGCCCUGCAAUGAAAGACGUUGAAGUUUUUACCGUGCUACCCUGAGACUGAUACUAUUCAAGAAAUGAGUAUCUCCCAACAAAUGAAUUCAAAUUUUGUUGACUGAGGAGAAUUAAUAGUGCUUAAAUGUGCUCGUAUUGUAAUAUUAUUCUUGCGUCUGAUAUUUCAAUUAACAAUGAUUGAAUGAUUGCUUACAAUUUUAA